CAAACAUACCGGCACUGUGAUACCUGCAGACCCUGGGGUUUAGGAGACAAAUCAAUCUGCGGCCUCUGACGCAUCCACAUCCACAGACGCCCAGUGUCGUAACCGAGACCGAUGGGACUCAAUUUUCGGCUGAGAUAACUACCUACAGAUACGCGAAAACAAGGACGCCGCCAUGCCCGCGAGAACCUCGACGAGGUCGACCCGGUCGACGCGCGCUUCGACGGCAUCGCGCGCCUCGUCGAUCAACGCCGACAUCCCCGCCGAGACGCCCGACAAUGCCCUGCGCACCCAGGUUGCCGCUGUCUUCCGCGAGGCCCAGCGGACAACCGCCUCGCACCGCAAGCUAGUCGUGACGCUGCGCAAGAUCCAGGAAGCGUGCUGCUACGAGCCAACGUCAGUCAAACGGCCGGCCAGCGACGCUGCUACCGCCAUUUCCGACUUCGACGAGGAUGACUUUAACACCGAGUUCGUGCGCUGCGUGCUGCGCAUCAUGCCCGUCAAGAAGAGCGAGGGGGUAGGCGAGAAGACGGUCCGGUUUAUCGGCCUGUUUCUGCGCCACGCCAUCGACAAGGACAACGAGGCCAUGGGCGAGCUCGACGAGGACGCCAGCACCAUGCCCGAGACACCCGGCACGCGCCUGACGGGCCAUCUGAUGGAGACGAUCCUGCCGCUGCUGACGGCCAAGGACAAGUUCGUGCGCUACCGCUCGACACAACUGAUCUCGCACAUCAUCAACUCGCUCGACGCCAUCGAUGAUGACCUCUUCCAGAAGCUGCGGUCCGGCUUGCUGAAGAGAAUCCGCGACAAGGAGGCCAUGGUGCGGGCCCAGGCCGUGCUGGGGCUGGGCCGCCUGGCGGGGAACCAGGCCGAGGCCGAGCCGGACUCGGACGAUAGCGACGAUGCCGCGAGCGGCUUGCUGGAGAAGCUGCUAGAGGUGCUGCAGAAUGAUCCCAGUGCGGACGUGAGGAGGUCGCUCCUGGUCAAUCUGCCGAUCCUCCCCGGCACCCUGCCGUUCCUGCUCGAGAGGGCACGGGACCAGGACGCGGCCACGCGCCGUGCCGUCUACUCGAGGCUGUUGCCGGCCCUGGGCGACUUCCGCCACCUAUCGCUCUCCAUGCGGGAGAAGCUGCUGCGCUGGGGCCUGCGCGACAGAGACGAGAACGUGCGCAAGGCCGCCGGCCGUCUUUUCCGCGAGCGGUGGAUCGAGGACUGCGCGGGCACUCCGGCGCCUGCAGAAACCGGACAGCCGGCCGAGGUCUCGCCGCCCAAUUUGGACGCCCUGCUCGAGCUCCUGGAGCGCAUCGAUGUUGUGAAUUCCGGCGGCGAGAACGGCGUGGCUCUGGAGGCGAUGAGGGGCUUCUGGGAGGGCCGCCCGGACUACAGGGAAGCCAUGGUCUUCGACGACCAGUUCUUCGAGACGCUGAGCGCCGAGUCUGUGUUCGUCGUGCGGACCUUCAACGACUUCUGCCGGAACGAGGGCAACGGCAAGUUCGAGGCGCUCGUGGAGGAAAAGCUGCCGGAAGUCACCAAGGUGGCAUUCUACCUCGAGCGAUACAUCAAGGUGUUGAUCGACGCCAUCAAGAAGGCCGAGGAGCAGGAGGCCGAGGAGGACGAGGAGGAGGAAGACACGGUGGAGCAGGAGUUCAUAGUAGAGCAGCUGCUCCACAUCGCCCUCACGCUCGACUACUCGGACGAGGUCGGGCGUCGUAAGAUGUUUGCCCUGCUCCGCCAGACGCUCUCCGUCCCGGAGCUGCCGGAGGAGGCGACCAAGCUCACGGUCGCUGUGCUGCGGGACAUCUGCGCGCCCGACGUGGCCGGCGAGAAGGAGUUCUGCAGCAUCGUGCUGGAGGCCGUGGCCGACGUGCACGACACCAUCGUCGACGACGUGCCGGACGAGGACGUGAACGACAACGAGAGCUUCCACUCGGCUAGGUCCGAGGUCAGCAGUCCCAGCACGCCCACCAAGAGCGGCAAGGGCAAGACGCCCGAGCUCUCCGAGGAGGAGGCGGCGGCCAAGGCCAUCAAGGAGAUCAUGAUCAACAUGAAGUGCCUGCACAUUGUGCAGUGCAUGCUCGCCAACGUGUCGGGCGACCUGCAGCAGAACGACCAUCUCGUGGCGAUGCUCAACAACCUCGUCGUGCCCGCCGUGCGCAGCCAUGAGGCGCCCGUCCGCGAGCGCGGCCUGGUAUGUCUCGGCCUGUGCUCGCUGCUGGACCGGUCGCUCGCCGAGGAGAACCUCACGCUGUUCAUGCACUUCUUCAGCAAGGGCCACACGGCGCUGCAGAUCACGGCGCUGCACAUCCUGACCGACAUCCUCAACGUGCACGGCGCGCAGCUGCUCUCGUCCAACCCGACGCUGCUCAAGGUCUACGUCAAGGCCCUCCGCUCCGGCGCGAAGCAUCCCGAGGUGCAGGCGGCCGCCACCGUGGCCGUGUCCAAGCUCCUGCUCGGCCGCAUCAUUCACGACCACGACGUGUCGGCCGAGCUGCUCAAGACGCUGGUGGUGGCCUACUUCGAGCCCGCCAGCGCCGGCAACCAGAGCGUGCGCCAGGCGCUCAACUACUUCCUGCCCGUCUUCUGCUUCUCGCGCCCGGAGAACCAGGACCUGAUGCGCUGCGUCGCGCUCGACGCCCUGCACACCCUCUACAACGUCCGCGAAGGCUUUGACGACGACGACGCCGACGUCGAUGACGAGAUGGUCUCGCUCAGCGCCAUCGGCGCCUGUCUCGUCGAUUGGACAGAUCCGAGGAAGUGCUACUCCCCCGGCGGUGGUGCUGGAGGGGAAGGGGAUGCCGAGAAGAAAUUGGUCAAUGCGGAUGUGCAUCUGGAGUUAGCGAGCGAUAUUCUGGAGAGGCUGGGUGGUAAUGUGCCGAAAGAGGAAAAGAAAAUCAUUGCCUCCCUCCUUGGGAAGCUGUACGUCUCCCCGGCCUCGUCCGAAGACAAGACCCGAGAGGUCUACACCGCCGUCUGCGACGCCGUCGAGAACCAGCUGCUGUCCGACGCCACGAGCCGCAAUGCCCUGUACAAACUGCACGUCGGACUCGGCAAGAUCGUCAACAGCCUGGAUGCUGCUGCCGAAGGCGGCGGGCUGGCUGCUGGUGGGAGAUCGCGCCGGAGUGCGAGUCGGGCGAGCUCGGUUGCCUUGACAGACGCCGGCCCAGGGAGUGUUGCGGCGGCAGAGAGAGAAAAGACGCCGGUUCAGCACGAGGUGCAAAUCAAGGAGGAGGAAGAGGAGGACGACGGUGACGAUGCGGCGACGGUGGUGCAUCACGGGUCGACGGAGCAAAGCCUCGUUGACGAGCUUCUAUCAGAGGAAGAAGAGUUGUGAUGACUGCAUCCACUGGCCGAGGGGUAUAUUAUAGGGUGGGGAUGGGUAUAUAGGCAGACUUGGUUGUUUGGGAUUCGCGUUACGGGGGUUGGGGGGU